UGAAAAUAUUAAAUAGGAACAGAACCCUUCAAUCUCUUGUUUCCGGGCAAAAUCUUUUCGGUUCAACUCAAACCUUCGUCUUGUCUCCCUCUCUACAGAGCAACGUGAAGAAGAAGGGAAAAGAAUGGGGAAAAUAACGUAUAAGAGACUGAAGGGAAGUCAAAACAUGAGGCAAAGGCUACUCUUAGCAACAUUAAAAUCAACUCCGGUUCUCAUAGAAGACAUCCACGCCGACGACACCUUACCUGGUCUCCGACCGCACGAGAUUUCCCUCCUUCGUCUCUUUGAAAAGCUCACCGAUGACUGCCUAAUUGAAAUCAAUGAAACUGGUACAAAAUUGAAGUACAAGCCUGGGAUUAUAGUUGGAGGGAGUCAUCUGGUGCAUGAUUGUGGUGUUAGUAGAGCAAUUGGGUAUUUUUUGGAGCCUUUGAUCUUGCUUGGUUUAUUUGCUAGGAAAACCUUAGUUAUAAUCCUCAAAGGGAUUACAAAUGAUUCUAAGGACCCAUCUGUCGAUACUUUCCGUUCCACCACCUUUCCCUUGUUGAAGCGUUUUGGGGUUCCUUCAGAAGGAUUAAAGUUGGAAAUAAAGAGUCGGGGAGUCUCACCUCAUGGUGGUGGUGAAGUUCAUUUGACAAUUCCUACUGUUCAGCACCUAACAGCAACCAUGUGGACUGACGAAGGAAUGGUUAAGAGAAUUAGAGGGGAAGCUUUCACUACCAGAGUGAGCGUUCAGCUUGGAAAUGAGAUGAUAUAUGCGGCUCGUGGAAUUUUUAAUCGUUUGCUUCCUGAUGUUUACAUCGCUAGUGAUUAUAGAAAACGCUCAGAGGCUGGAAACUCGUCUGGAUAUGGAAUUUCACUAGUUGCUGAAACUACUUCUGGUUGCUGCAUCUCUGCGGAUACUACAGUUUCUUAUCCACGAGGGGAUGAAGAAGAAGAUAUUGAAGGUGAGGAGAAAAAAGAGUUGAUACCUGCAGCUGAUGUUGGUGAGAAACUGGCUUCUGUUCUUCUUGAAGAGAUUGAGAAAGGUGGAGUGGUGGAUUCAACUCACCAGGGUUUGUUAUUCCUUCUUUGCGCGCUUUGUGUGAAUGAUGUUUCAAAGGUUCGAGUGGGAAAGCUCUCUCCAUAUGGAAUAGAAACACUGAGAGAAAUCAGAGAUUUUCUAGAUGUUCAAUUUGUGAUAAAGCCAGAUCCAUCGACAGGGACGGUAAUCCUUAAAUGUUGGGGUUCCGGGAUGAAGAACCUGUCCAGAAAGACGACCUAAUGGCAUUGUGUAGCAUUGUAUCGCAGAGAGCUAUGAGUAGAUUGAUGGCAAAUUAUUUACUAGAUGACAUUGAGCUAGUAAAUUUAAGGACAUUUAUUUGUAACAAAAUUUUGUAAUGGUAAUUGAUUUUGAAAAAAGGCACCACGCAAAUAAUAUUCUCUUCAUCCAAA